GAAAUUCCCGAGGCUUCCCUCUCCCGCACCUUCUCACACUCUCACUCACACACUUACAGACGAGCGCGAGCGCGCGAGCGCGCGUCCUCACUCACACACACACACACACACACACACACAGAGACAGACAUACGGGGCGCGCGCGAGCGGGCGCGCUUAUCUCUGUCCAUUGUCCUCCCUGUUAGCUUCCACAGCCAUUUCAUCCAACGCCGCUUCCUGCAACACGCUGCCCUUUCCUCCCUCUCAUGGCAGCCUUCUCGCGGACCUGGACCUACAACCACCACCAACGGCUUCUCCCAAUGAAGCCCGGAGAUGCUGGGGCCUAAAGUCCUCUCCCCCUCCCAGGCAGGCUAAAGAAUCUUCCGGUAGACGGGACCAAGAUGGCUUGACUUCCACUUCGACAGGAGCAGUUGAAUUUGGGGUCCUUCCUGGUGGAAUCCCACUGAAAAAAAUGAAUCGAGCCACAGCCAGUUUUUGAGAGCUGUGAGAUUUGAGGACAGACUCAGUUGGGGUGUAGUGCGAUCUGAUGCCUUGGUUACCCUGAUGAAACUAAUCCCUGGAAGAAUUGGUGAGCGUCUGUUUUUUUGACAUAAGAAUGGAUCAGUCUGGAGAUUUUUUGGCUUAAAGGGAGGGGGUUCCUGCUGGUUGGAUUUUAGUGGAAAUGGACUGAUCUAGGUGGGACCCGGUGGAAAGAAAACCUAGUAGACUGGAUUUUGCUGCUGUCUGUUUGGGGAGUCAGACUAGACCAGCUUGAAUUUCACGGGGGAAAAAUGAUGGAGUAACCUUGGUCCAGACAUGGCAAACGGAGCUCAGUUCUUCUGGAUGCAUCCUUUAAGCUGGUGGCAGACUCUGCUCUCCAUCCCCAUCAACCCUCCUCCUCCUCAGCAAGGGCUGAUUUUGCCAUUCUCCUAAGCAGUCAACAUCAUCGGAAGAAAGAAAAAAAAAACGCUAACUGAUGACCAUAGGUUUGGAGGAUCCCCUACUGCAGCCCAGAAACUGUCAGGUUGGGGAAAAGUUCAUCCUUGCAAGUCAGAAUUAUCACAUUUCCCUGUUAGAUCAACCUGUGCAAUUCAAACCAAUGGACCACAAACAGACAUUUCCUUCAGAAGAUCCAAUCCCAAGACAUCUUCCGAGUACCACGAUGUGGGAGACUGCUAUAAGAAAAAGCUUGAACAGUGAACAGCAGCAAGAAUGUGCUUGGGGUGGAUUUGUGAGAAAGUGAUGGAACAUGGAAUCGUAAAACUGCUGAAAUUUAUAAUGGAUCUUUACCACACAGCCCAUGAAUUUUGGAGAAGUCCCUCCCGUGCACUCUCCCAAGACAAACAGCUGUUACUUCUUCAGCUCCUGAAACAAAGUGGAUUUCAGGAACUCAAGCCAUGUGAUCCUGUCCACCAUUAAACCAUCUUUCCAAGCAGUCUCCAUGUUUCCAGUGUCUGUUUUCCCCACUUGGAGCAGAACCCAGAAGGAUGUUUCUUCCAACAAUGACAAUGCCUCCCUUUAGUACCGGGGACAUGGGCCAUCACCAGGCACACUGCCGCUGACCCAGGUUCCCUCUUUUCUUCCCCAGCCUAAAGAUGGCCAGUGCCAAUGAGACUGAAGAGGGCCAUGGCUCAGCACCCAGUACAGCUUCCACUUAUGCCAAGCUGCUACUCCUGGGCUUCAUCAUCUGUGUGAGUCUAGCAGGGAAUCUGUCUCUUUCGCUGCUGGUGUUGAAAGAGCGUGGUCUCCACAAGGCCCCCUAUUACUUCUUACUGGAUCUGUGCCUGGCCGAUGUGAUCCGCUCAGCUGUUUGCUUUCCUUUUGUUCUCGUCUCUAUCCGCCAUGGCUCUGCUUGGACCUACAGUGUACUGAGCUGCAAGAUUGUGGCCUUCAUGGCUGUUCUCUUCUGUUUCCAUGCUGCCUUUCUCCUCUUCUGCAUCAGCGUCACUCGCUAUAUGGCUGUGGCUCACCACCGCUUCUAUGCCAAACGCAUGACUUUCUGGACGUGCAUUGCUGUCAUCUGCAUGGUGUGGACUUUGUCAGUGGCUAUGGCCUUUCCACCUGUCUUUGAUGUUGGGACCUACAAGUUCAUUCGUGAGGAAGACCAGUGCAUCUUUGAGCACCGCUACUUCAAAGCCAAUGACACCCUAGGCUUCAUGCUGAUGCUAGCCGUGCUGAUCUUUGCCACCCAUGUGGUUUAUAUAAAGCUACUUCUCUUUGAGUACCGCCAUCGUAAGAUGAAGCCUGUCCAAAUGGUUCCAGCUAUCAGCCAGAACUGGACGUUCCAUGGACCUGGAGCCACUGGACAAGCUGCAGCCAACUGGAUUGCUGGCUUUGGCCGUGGUCCCAUGCCUCCUACAUUGUUGGGCAUACGGCAGAACGCCCAUGCUGCCAAUCGGCGAUUGUUGGGCAUGGAAGAAUUCAAGGCUGAGAAGAAGCUAGGCAGGAUGUUCUACGUCAUCACUUUGCUCUUCUUGGUGCUCUGGUCACCCUACAUUGUGGCCUGCUAUUGGAGGGUAUUUGUCAAAGCCUGUAGCAUCCCCCAUCGCUACCUCUCCACAGCCGUUUGGAUGAGCUUUGCCCAAGCUGCUGUCAAUCCCAUAGUUUGCUUUCUACUCAACAAAGACCUCAAGAAAGGCUUGAUUGCCCACAUUCCCUGCUGGAGGACAGAGCCUGAAUUGCCCAGAGAGCCUUACUGUGUGAUGUGAGGAAUGCUAAAAGGUUGGCUAGAAUGCACCCCACCCACGCCAACUGAAUUUUUCUUUUUCCUUAUACGUCACAUGAGGUUUUUCUUCCCCUGCAACGGGUCAUUGUCUCCCAGAGUACUUGUAUCACAAACACUCCAAUCUCUCUGUUGUCUAAGGGCAAUUAUCAAAAUCAUCCAUUAGCUGCUAUGAGACCAGAGCUGGAUUCUGGUCUGUGUUCCUCUGGGGUAAAUCCAGAGUCAUACGCCAACAGUAUUUGGUCCCUAGUAGUAUUCCAUCAGUUCUCAGAAGAGGUGAAAAAUAUUCUAUGCUUUCCUGGUUUUAUAAUCCCCAAACUCUAUCAAAUCAUUUAAGACUGUCCCUAUAAAACUCUAUCCCUAGCUUCUUAAUACCCAUUAUUGCUUUGAAAGUAGGCCAGAGUUAGAUUUUUGGGUUUGGUCUCCCAGAGCGAAGCCAAAACUAUUCCACUUACUGGAGCAGAAAUAGUUUGCACUCAGUGGUUUUGUUUGGUUUUACAGCUAGAGGGUGACAAUGAAAAGGGGUCCCUAUUGAUGGAAUGUACUUUUAUAGAAGAUUAAUUUUCUGAUCCAGUAACUCCAUCAAUGAAACAAAUUCCACGUGAUCUCAGAAUUUGUGGGGCUAUGGAGGAUGGGCCGAGAGAGGGCGGAGGAAAGGAGGCAGCAGACAGAAUUGUUCAAGGGAAUGCCAUGGAGCCAGCCAUGACUUAGCUCUUUGUCUGUCAGAAGCAGUAACCAGGGAGCUUUGGAAACUCCACCUCAGUUGCCAUGGCAGCAACCAAUCCAAGACCCUGUAGACCAUGUCACUCUGGAACAAUGCAAGGAAGAAGAUGCAGGAGAAGCAUUUGGUGGGGAGAGGCCUGUAGUGGUGGUGGGGAGAAACCUUUCCCUUAAGAGUGGGAAAUGCUAUAUCAAAUAUGCAAAGCAGAAUGCAUUCAGGCUGCAGAUAAAUGUAGGGUGGCUACGUGGAAAUCAUAAGGCAUGAUGUCAGCAUCAUAGUACAUAUUCUGUCUGCUAAAAUGAAAAGCAACAAAUAAGGUUUAUGUAUUUCUAUAUCCCCUUCCCUUACUACUUGCAAACAUUCAAAACAUGUGAAACAUCAGUAAUCCUAUCCAUGCCACAUAUGACAAAAUUUUCUGCACCUCCUGUUGAGAGAUGUUUACAGUUUAAGUAAGAUGCUAACCUGCCCAAAUUUAGAAUCCCAUAUUUCAGAAUUAUUCCAGCAGACAAGUUAUUCGUCUUUGGAUUAUUGAUAGAAAGAGGACAGAAUGUCUCGAGUUAGAAAAGGCACCCUAGUUCUGCUGCUAAACACUAAAAUGGAAAUCAGACCUAGGAAAAAAGGGGGCGGGUAGACAGCUUGUUAAAGAAAAUAUGGGUGUACUGGUUACAGAACUGGGAGAGAUAAUGUUACACCUAAUUUGUAGCGAGGGCAGUGAAAAUAUAGGAAUCAAAUUUCCUGAUUCUCUUCAUCCAAAAAUAUGAAUAGAGUUUGGGGUUUGGAACCGGAGAAAGUAUGACUGGUUGAGUUCAUACUUAGUUAUAUGACCCAACUGCCCUGUUGUUGCAUUUUCUGAAGCAGGAACUCUCCAAGUUCAACCUGAUCAAUUUCUAGCCAUAUAGUUUGAUCCUGCUGAAAUGGACAUGGUUACUGUUUGCAAUGAAAUGCUUCUUAUGGGAUAGGAUUGGGAGGCAUGGGCUGGGAGAAAAGAUUUAGGGGGAAGGGAAUGUUGGAGAAUGAUUCCUGGAAGAGGCAUUGUUGCUGGUAUUGUGUGAGAAAGGCAAACGGGACACUUGAAGAGGGCUACAUGUCAGGGAAAGAACUGGGGGAAUAUUAGUUCAGGAGAUGGAAGAGUCAGAGCCUGGGAUUGGGGGCAGGAUAUGGGGAACCAGAUGAAUUUAGUGCAGAGAUUGGGGUUUUCCCCGCCUUUUUCCCUCCAAAGGACUCUGAUGUUUACUUUUGCCUCUGAAGAAGACUGUUCGUCUUACCCUCCAGUCCUGCCACCACAGUAUGGCCUUAAUCACUGGCCAGCAUUACGGCCACCCCAUGGAGAACCAUAUUUGAAAAAUAUGGCAGAUGAACAGAUGAUUUCCAGAAUGCUUUUUUCUGGAAAGAGACAUGAACAAAGUUGUUGUUGUUUUUUAAAGGGGAAAUGAAUAAAGAAAUUGAGACUACAGCAAGGGAGGGAGGGUUGGGUGGGGGCACAGGACAGAUGGAUGUGUGUCCCCUGCAAUGUAUGCUUCUGAAUUUCUUUCCGAUGGGACAGCUUGGGAUAGUGGGUUGGGGGUGUAAUUCUGUGGGUGGAAAUUGAGAUUUGGGAUAAGGAUUCAGACUGAUCCUACCCCACCACCACCCUUUUUGUGUCAAAAAUUGUUUCCACUUCCCUUUUUUUCUGGGGAUUUUCUUGUUUGGUUUGGGUUUUUUUAAUAUACAUAUGAAAUGCAAUGAAAUGCAAAAUUCCUGGGUGGUUCUUUUUAAUGAAAAGCAAGACCAAAUAUAAACAAAGAAAAACCAGAUGUGAAAUUCAUGACCCAAGUUCCUAACAUCUACUUUUAAUCUAAAUGGCAGUUGUGGAAGUAGGAGUUUUCUUUCCACCUAGCACCAUUUCUCUAAUGGAAAUAGCCCCUUAACCAUGAAAGAACAGGUAUUUAUCCUUUUCACUCUUUAUAGCUAAGAGGCACAAAGCGAGGUGGUACCAUGAGGCAAGGAUUAAUGUUCCAUGUCCCCCAGAGUGAAGGUCCUUGUUGAUUUGAUCCUGGAAAAAAAUUACUUUGUGUUGUUUUUAGAAAUGUAUUGCCACCAUUGUCAACAAAGAAGGCAUGAAAGUUAGGAUUGUAAUCUGGACCUCUGUAUACAUACAGAAUAUAUUUUCCAAGAGUGGAGCAAGGUUGAAAAAAUGCAAAGUAUUGUACUGCUGACUUUGUUGAAAGAGUAUCAUUUACAGACAGAAUGAAUAUUUGUAUGAGUUGAGUACCCCCUGCUCUAAGUUAUAUACACACAACAUUUCCUCUAAUUUUAUCUGGUCCUAUACAAUUCUACCCACCAGUAAGUAUUGGCAAGUUGACAGCUCUAAAAUGAAUUCUGAACUAUAUUUUGCAAUCUGAUAAUUCAAAAAAAGUAUUGUUACUACUAACCUGUGCAUCUGCUUUCAGUGUUAGGGCACAAAUAUAUGUAUCAAAUUAUAUUAAUGAUAUUUGCAUGGAUGUACACUGGUAGAAGAGGAGGAGUGUCUGCUAUCUUCCCCUCAUCUUAUAUCUAGACUCUUGGUUUGGAUGCCAAAAUUAUCACAGGGAAGAUUUUAGUUCUAACUCUUAUUUCAUAAAAAAGAAAGGAAAAAAUCAGCACAAGUAAAUCUUAAAAAAUUGUAACCAUUUCAGGCUAAUAGACCUAGCAAGAUGAGUUCCACUGUUUAAUAGACCUAGCAACAUGGGCCUAUUGACUCACUUCAUCAUUUGUCAAAGUAUGCCCAAAAGUUGCUUUAUUCCUCUAUUCUUACAGUAUGAGUAACAGCAGUUUUGGCAAACCUCUUCGCACCAUGGCAUUCACAACCAUUUCCCCUCAUAUCUCUUUGAUCCUUAUUCUCACAUCACACUAACCAUUAUGUGGUUGGAUUGGGUCAGUUUUGAAACAAUAUGAUGUGUGAACCCAGCCUCUACAGUUUAAACAUGGGAAUGACUGCCCAGGUGCAUUGUAAAGAUAGAUUUUUCUUAAAGCUUCUCUUAUUCUUUGAAAUCCAUUUUGGCCCAACAUCCUGCUUUAAAAAGUCUGAUAUCUUUAAUUAUGUGCCUGUUUGGAAGGAGAGACGUAACUUAGAUUAAGAGUUAGAAGGAAAGCUUUUAGGAUCUCCAGAGGUCUGGCUGCCCAUGUUUAAUAUGUAUAGAUUUUUCUAGGUAAGUUAUUUUACAGAUGAAAAUCAUAAUGAAGUUCUACUCUACACUUUAGAAUAUUUUGGAUGGCAUAUCAAUUUAAUAACUAAAUUAAUACAUUGUACCUCAAAAAUUACAGUAGAUACAGAAAAUCUAUAGCAUAAACUCGAAAGGACAAACUUAUUUCACAUAACAUGCUUUUUUGUCUCUUCUCUCACAGAGGCAGACAUAACUCUGCUUACUUCCAAAUCUGAAACUAGAAUUAAAAUGUGCUCCAUUAUGUUAACAUUCCAACUAGUUAAAUCAAAUUCUGUAAGGUCACUAGUACAAUCGGAGCUGAAAAGCCUUUUAGCAUGCCUAGGAAAAAUGUCUCAUCCCUAGAUCUGAUAAGUCUGCCAACAUUGCUGCCAGAUUCCGUUCCUGAAAAAAACUGCUCUGCCGUUUCAUAUUGUCUGUGAAUAUCUUUUAUCUAACUUCACUUUGGCUACCUUUGAAACCCACUACAUCCAUUUUUAAAAAAAUUUUUAAAAUAUCCAUGAGGACUUCCACACUGC